CAAAAGAUAGGCCUGCAAUACAUUGGUGCAGAGCAUAUUUCAACACAGAUGGGGAUUGUGACAUCAUGAUAAACAACCUGUGUGAGAGUUUUAAUAGUUGGAUAUUGGAGGCAAGGGGUAAACCACCAGUGACCAUGUUUGAAGAGUUGAGGGUCAAAUUGAUGAAGAGAGUUGCAAUGAGGAAGGAAAAAAUGGAGGCUUAUCAUGGCAAUAUCUGUCCAAAGCCAAGGGUGGUUAUAGAGAAGAAUAAGCUGAGGGCUGGAACAGACUGCAUACCAACAUUUAAUGGAGGUGACAUUGCUGAGGUAGAAAACAUUGACGGAUCCAAAAAUGUGGUUAACUUAACAAUGAGGACAUGCACUUGCAGGCGGUGGGACUUGUCUGGAAUUCCAUGCAAGCAUGCUAUCUCUGCCAUUUACUUAAAGAGGCAUGAUCCAGAUGAUUAUGUGGCAGCAUGCUAUUUGAAGAAGACCUACAUGAGUAUCUAUAACAACCUCAUCCAACCUGUAAAUAGCAUGGAUUUGUGGUCAAGAACUGAAGAUCCUGCUAUUUUGCCUCCACAAUAUUCAAGGCAGCCCGGAAGGCCCAAAACAGCAAGAAUGAAGGAUGCUUCAGAACGGGUUCAGGAAGGUGGUGUUAAACUUGCAAGAGUGCAAAGAUCCCUAAGGUGUAGCAAUUGUAAGCAAGUAGGUCACAACUUGAAAACAUGUCAAAGACAUUUACCACCGAAGGAAAAGGCUGCUGUUGUUAAUAAGAAGAGGAAGCUUAAUACACAAGAAGAACAAACAUCUAAAAAUCAGUCCAAGCAAGGAAAAAAAUCACCCAUGACCAAAAACGAGUUGAGGCAGAAAGCCAAAGAAAGAGCUGAAUAUCAAAGGAAAAAGAAGGCUGCCUUAAAGGCAUCAAAGUUGGAAGCAAACAAGUCUACUCCAAAGAGAUCAAGGCCUGUACAAGCUGCAUCUACCCAGCAAAGUUCAAGGCCUGUACAAGCUGGAUCUGCCCCAACAAGUACAAGGUCUGUACAAGGUUCCAAUCCAUCAACCAAGAAGGCUGCAACACCAUCAAGGUCCUCUCAAAGGGUUAGACAAAACUCAGGUAAAGAAGCUGGAAAAUAGUUUACGGUAAUGGGAUUUGAUAUUAGCUAGCCAAGCAAAACGUUUUAGGCAUCCUAUUUUUGGGCAACCUUGUGUUGUGUCACUUGGUUGCUAGCUCUAAUCUUUUGAUAAGAUGAUUAGAGCUAAAUUUAAUUCCAAACAUAUUAGUACUUGAACAAUUGCAGGAUGUAAUGCUCUAUAUUGUUUGUUUUUGGUAAGUUAGAGCUUUGUUCAAUGGCUGGCUAAUAAUGAUGAUACAAUGUAUUUUUUGGUUUAGGGGUUGA